UUAUUCAUUUCUUUCAUCUUAACAACCACAACUAACUCUUUCUUGCAUGCAAUUUUUCUCUCUCACACACUAUAAUGUGUGUGUCUUCUUCUCCAUGGUUGUUUUUCCUAAUCACAUGUGUGUGUAUUGGAUUGCAUCUGAGCUGCAGUAAUGGCUUCCAAUACUACGACCGAACAUCAUGCGAUUCCGACACGAACAAUCCAGGCACGAGGUACACGUGCGGCAAGAACUCAUCAAGAAACACGUGCCGCACGUUCUUCGUUUACCGGUCCAAUCAUCGCUUCCGAACAAUCUUAUCCAUCUCGAGCCUCUUCGCCGUCGAUCCGCAAACCCUACUCACCAUCAACCGACACGUGUCCUUUCCAACUCAACUCCUCCGACCGGGCCACGAAAUCGUCGUACCGAUCCAAUGCUCAUGCAGUAUGAGAAACUUCUCUCACGCUAAUUUUACGUAUGAAGUGUCCGAAAGAGAAAACACGACACUUACGACGGUUUCUUGUGAUGUUUUCGAGGGUUUGGUGAAAUCUAUUACGCUGUACGAGGUAAAUGUUUUUUCUGCUUCCGUUAUUGUCGUGCCUUUAAAGUGCGCUUGUCCGAAUGACGACGACGUUAAAAACGGCGUCGAAUAUCUCGUGACGUACCCUUUUGUUGAAAGGGACGACACGAGAAAAGUCGGCGAGAAAUUCAAUGUUUCGGUUGAGGAAAUAUGGGAGGCUAAUCAUAUGGACCCCACGCCAACCGUGUAUCCAAACACAACCAUUUUAGUACCGUUGAAAAAUGAGCCGUUCUUGAAUCUCGACUUUCUUGAUUCUGUCGACCCUCCUAUACCUACGUUUCUUCCCACAAACCCUUUCGAGAAAAAUACCCGAAAAAUAGCUCGAAUUAAGAAGAUAUAUAUCGUAGGAUCCGUUGUCGUUUUUUCUCUCGUUGUCGCUCUUUUAGUGGCUUGUGUUUUGUAUGUAAAGACAUUGAAUAAUUUCAAGAAUCGAAACGUUCUUCGAUCUUCGAGUACUCCGUUAUCUAUGAAUUCGUGCUUGUCUCCUGUUUUACGAGCCGAAUUGAAGUACUCUCUAUGUAUGUAUAGUGUGGAAGACCUAAAAAGUGGGACCGAAAAUUUCGAUUCGGUAACUAGUGAUAAUGUGUACAAGGGAAAAAUCGACGGUUGUGAUGUAAUGAUCAAACGGAUGAGAUUUGAGGAGGUAAAGAAAGUCAUCGAUAUUCAUUCCAAGAUUAAUCAUGUCAAUAUUGUGAAGCUCGAAGGAGUUUGUUACGAUUUCUCAUCGGCUUAUCUCGUUUACGAGCUCCCGUUAAACGGGAGCUUAAGGGAAUGUUUGUUAUCGUCCAAUUACGCUCUUAGUUGGCGCAAAAGGACUAAAAUUGCGUUCGAUAUUGCAAAUGGACUACACUAUCUUCACUAUUCCGUGAUCCCUUCAUAUAGUCACGACUCGAGCGUAAGCACGGAAAAUAUUUUCUUGACAUCGGAUUGGAGGGCGAAAAUCGCGGUUUUCGGAAAUCGGGCGGGGCCCAUUUCCGAAAGGGUCGAUGUUUUCUCGUUCGGAGUGGUUUUGCUAGAGUUGGUUUCGGGGAAGGGGAGUGUAGAUGGGAGCGUUAUGAGGGAAUAUUCUCUUGAUGCUUUGUGUUUGGUUGUAUUAGGUGGAUCUUGUGUUGACGUUGACCCUUUGCGUAGGCCUUCAAUGGAUGACGUCAUCAAGAUUCUUGCUAGAAUGGUGUGA